AGCCCCUUGGCGGCCGUGCCACGCACGCGCCCCGCACCGCCCUUGCCCCUCGCAGGCCGUGGCACUGUCGCCACCUCCGCCGCAGGAAGGAGCCGGCCGCCCUGCCGCGCCAGCACCAUGCCCCGCAUAGAUGCGGACCUCAAGCUCGACUUCAAGGAUGUCCUGCUCCGACCUAAGCGGAGCAGCCUCAAGAGCCGAUCCGAGGUGGAUCUCGAGCGUACCUUUACAUUUCGAAACUCAAAGCAGACGUACAAAGGGAUUCCCAUCAUUGUGGCCAACAUGGACACCGUGGGGACAUUUGAGAUGGCAGUCGUGAUGUCACAGCACUCCAUGUUUACAGCGGUUCAUAAGCAUUACACCCUGGAAGAGUGGAAGGUUUUUGCCUCAAAGCACCCGGAAUGUCUUCAGCACGUGGCUGUGAGUUCGGGCAGUGGACAGAAUGAUCUGGAAAAGAUGAGCAGCAUCCUGGAAGCUGUGCCGCAGGUGAAGUUCAUCUGCCUGGAUGUGGCCAACGGCUAUUCCGAACACUUUGUGGAGUUCGUGAAACUGGUCCGGGCCAGGUUUCCCGAGCACACCAUCAUGGCAGGGAACGUGGUGACAGGAGAGAUGGUGGAGGAGCUCAUUCUCUCGGGAGCAGAUAUCAUUAAAGUGGGAGUUGGGCCAGGUUCUGUGUGCACCACCCGCACCAAGACCGGGGUGGGCUACCCGCAGCUGAGUGCAGUGAUCGAGUGUGCGGACUCCGCCCACGGCCUCAAGGGGCACAUCAUCUCUGACGGAGGCUGCACCUGUCCAGGAGACGUCGCCAAAGCCUUUGUUGGCCUAAGUCCUGGCCCGGGUCUGGUUCUGGUCUGUGGCAGAGGAAGCCAGGUGCUCAGGAAAUGCAUCUGCAGUGACGUUCUGCAAGCCAGGAGAGCUGGAGCAGAUUUUGUCAUGCUGGGAGGGAUGUUCUCUGGCCACACCGAGUGUGCAGGGGAAGUGAUCGAGAGGAACGGGCAGAAACUCAAGCUCUUCUACGGGAUGAGUUCCGAGACGGCCAUGAAGAAGCACGCGGGGGGCGUCGCCGAAUACAGAGCCUCUGAAGGCAAGACGGUGGAAGUGCCUUACAAAGGGGGUGUGGAAAACACUAUUCUGGAUAUUCUUGGGGGACUGAGGUCGACCUGCACCUACGUGGGGGCCGCCAAACUCAAAGAGCUCAGCAGGAGAGCGACGUUCAUCCGGGUGACCCAACAGCACAACACCGUGUUCGGUUAAUGCAGAGAUGGAGUGACAUCCCACUGGAAAGGAAGCCCCCGUGCCACCUGCUUCUCCCACCUCUCCCGGCUUCUGGCUGCUCCGAAUGGUGGUGUGCUGCGUCCUUCCUCCCCCUCCUGCCUGGAGGCUUUGGGGCUCUCCCUCAUGCCUUGGGGCCCAGAAGCAGGGCACCGCUGGGCCAGCAGUCAGAUCCCAGCUGCCCAGGGUGCACAGCCUUAUUGUUCAAUCCAAUAACUUGCACCUUUUUUGGAAAAAAAAAAUCAUUUUAAUACAAUGCUGUUGAGACUUGA